AUGGGAAUCCGUGACUUUUUGAAACUAAGGAGGAAGAAGAAGGGAGACAGCGAGUCGUCGCCCAGCCCAUCGAGUGCGGAGACCGCGGUCUCCAAUAGCGGCACGAGCGCCCAAGAGGUGCAGCAAUCGAACAACAGCCAGAAUGAACCAUCUUGUCAAAAUGUUCCAGAUAUCGUGUAUGACAUUGAACUUGUCACUACAAGCCAGCCACCGACGAAAACUUUGACACAAGGCCUUGAAUCAUCUAUAUGGAUUGAAGCGUACACGAAGCUCAAGGAUGAAGACACGAAGCUCGUAGCUAGAUACGAGAAAGUCCUUGAGAAGCUGAUCCAGGAAGACUCUUUCGAUGAGAACGUGAUCGAGGAAGCCCCGAUGGACAUUGGAAAACCAGCCCAGAUUCAACGCAUGGACAAGGCCAUUCAACUCGGGCUCCGUCGAACGGAGAAAGAAGCUAAGCUUAAGGGAAGAUUUGGAGACAUGACACGUCUUAUCAAUAUAGUCAGACCAGUGGUAGAUAAGGCUGUUAAGCCCUCGCCAGAGGCUGCACUCGUCUGGUCUUGCUUCACCUUUGGCCUGGAGGUCCUUGCUAAUCCCGUGACUGAAUUUGAGGCUCAGCGUAGCGGUGUGGAGUAUGUCAUUUCAAGGCUGGACUGGUAUGUGCAAAUCAGCGAAAGUGUUCUUUCAGAAGGAAAGACACCUGUGGGACUACAAAACUCUCUUUUCAAGAACCUCACAUCACUUUACAAAUUGCUUCUCAGUUUCGUGCUGAAGAGCAUUUGUUUAUAUCACCGAUCAAGACUUCUUGUCACAAUGAGGGACUUGUUCAAGUAUGACGACUGGGAGAGCCAAGUCAAAUCCAUCAAGGACAACGAGGAUGCUGUCGAGCGUGACCUUGAGCAAUACCAUGAUACAGAGUUCAGAAAAGGGCUCCAGGCCAUUUCUACGACUGCAACGGAAAUCUGGGAAGAUCUGAAAAAAUGGAGAGAUGAGGAGAAAGAUGAAAAAUGCCGCACGGUCAUCUCCAAGACGAUACCCUUCUUCACCAAGGCCAGUCUUUUGAAACAGAAGGGUGGCCUCGUCCCAGAGUGUUGCGACUGGCUUUUUACAUCGGAAAAAUUCCAAAAGUGGAAGAACGAGCCAGAAAGCCGGGUCAUGUGGAUCAGUGGCGAUGCUGGGAAAGGAAAAACCAUGCUACUCUGCGCGAUCGCCGAAUGGUUUCAGUACAGUCGUUGUGUUGCAUACUUCUUUUGCAAGGAGACCGAUGAGAGACUCAACAACGAGGCAGCAAUUUUGAGAGGCAUCAUCUACAGCAUUACUGAGAAAACGCCGGCUUUAUUAAAACAUGCCCAAGACAACAUCGACGGCUUGAGAUUGGACGGCGCCGACGGCACGCAGGCUUUGUGCAAAACGCUCAAAUCUAUCUUGGCAGAUCCACUUACUAGUGAUGCUAUCAUCUUGAUCGAUGCUCUUGAUGAAUGUACUCAAAACGAUAGCGACGAAGAUGAGGCGCCAGGUGGCAUUCUGAGUUUUAUAGCUGGGCUUGCCACGAGUAGCCCAGUGAAGUGGUUGAUUUCGAGCCGCAAUACACUAUCAGCCGUGGGUAUUCAACUGGGUUCAACAUCUGGAUUCCUACAUCUCAGCCUCGAGGACUCCACUUACUCAGUCUCGCGUGCGGUGGCCAUCUUUGUGCGCAAGAAGGUCGCCGCCCUCAGGGAAUACACGCAAAUUGAUUCAGAAAGUCAAGAUCGUAUUGUAAAUCAACUCAUACUCGGUGCAGACGAAACAUUUCUUUGGGUGUCAUUGGUCUUGUCCGACAUUCGCAAAACGCUAAGGAACAAAAAACUGCAAGACCCGGUCGGGUUCAUUCAGAAGCAAACUCAAGAAAUGCCAAAGAGUCUUGAUGCUCUCUACUGGGCAAUUCUUAGAAAAGACAUUUCUGAUGCUGAUUCAGAAGACGGCAUAGAUGUCAAAGAUGUCCUCAAGGUUGUGUAUCUUGCUUAUCGGCCUCUUACCAUUCAAGAGCUUCAGUACCUCCUCGAAUCCCCCAACAUUCGCCUACAAAAGGACCCUAAUGAUCUGAAGAUUUUAUUCAAUCAAGCGAGUGCCUUUUUGACGAUUGAAGACACUGUUGUGUCAUUUGUACACCAAUCUGCGAAAGACUUUAUUACGAAAUAUGGUUCAGAUUUAGAGGUUGCCAUUCUCCCAAAGGAUAAAGGUUGCGCUCACAGGGCACUGUUUUAUCGAUCAAUGGCGAAUAUCAGUGAUCUCAGAGAGAAUAUCUUUGAUAUCGAACAUCCGGGGACAAACAUGGAUGAACUGAUACGGUCCGACAGCGAUCCCCUUGCGCCUGUAGGCUACUCAUGCACUCAUUGGAUAUACCAUCUUCUUUUUUCCAACAGUCCAGUGGACAUUGAGAUCCAGGAAAAGGUGUAUACGUUUCUGUCAAAGCAUCUCUUACGCUGGAUGGAGGCGCUUGCUUGGAUGGAAGAGCUCCCUGUUGGUGAAGAACUGCUAGACAAAGUGAAAGGUUGGGUACCGAGCUGGAUCAACGAUGCUUAUAGAUUCUACGUAAAGUUCUGUCCAGUAGUCAUGGAGACACCGCUACAGGUUUACGCCUCUGCCCUUGUCUUUGCUCCUCUUACGAGUCUGAUCAAACAGGCAAAUCCGUCCCCGAAAUGGAUCACUCAUAUAUCUGGCAUAUCGGAAGCUUGGGAUCCUUGUGCCGUCACUAUAGAAGGACUCGAUUAUGGUUUUUACAAACUCUACUGGCAUAACAACCAUAGACUUGUAUCUUACAUGACCGGUAGAAACGAUGAUUGUCUUAUGUAUUGGAGUACCAAGAUUGGUUUAUGCAUUCGUCAAACCCUGGCAUCAGAGAUCUUUAUGUCCCUCCGUAACCAUUCUGUUUCAAAGAGUGGUCAAGUCCUGGCUGCAUUUGGGAACAAGAUUGUCCAUGUUCUGGAUGCGGCGACAGGAAACCUUCAGAAAUACGACACCGAGUUCGAUAUUGACAAAUUGGCUUUGUCGAGCAAUGGCAAAUACCUCUUGGCCACAUGCCAAAGUCCGCCUCAUUUGAACAUGUGGGAUAUGACAAGACAGCGUGGGGAUAUGGACUACGUGAGUUGGGAGCGCCAUGAGGCUCUAGGCGGAUUCAACACCAAAGUGGCGUUCAUAACGGAGACGUUGUUUGUGUUGGCUUUUGACAAAACAAUUGUUGUUGAGGAUGUGGAAGGAAAACGUUGGCAUUGGCUCAAGGUUGACCACGACAUCAAAACGUUGACUGCGUGUUCUGGAAACUCUGCACGAUUUAUAACAAGUGAUGAUGUUUACAUAUUGCAGGUAUGGGAUGCCUUGAGCGGUAAAUGUCUCGGAAAGUUUGACCUCCGUGCCGAUGGCAAAUGCCAGCAAUGGCAGGUGGCUCCAGAUGGUUCAAUGCUUGCUUUGACCAAGGAUGCCGAACCUGAUAGUUCUGAACUUGGAUCCAAAUAUUCUAUUGGAAAAAGAAAAAGCUUGAAUUUUGAACUACAAAAUUCCGUCGUCAAACUUUUCUACCUUCCGCCUAGCCCGCCAACUGUUCCUCUCAAGAUUGAUUGUGGAGGGAAUGUCGCUGAACUGGCAUUCUCCAACAACAACAAAAUGCUAGCAUCAGCCAUCUCAGAAAUAGAUGAGAUCAUUAUUUGGGACACAAGGAGUGGAAAACGACUUAUGGUGCUCAGAGGCCACUCAGACUUCAUCACAUGGCUGUCAUUCUCCCCAGACAGCUGCAGGAUCGCAUCAUCAACUGGUGGUUUUGUAAAAAUAUGGGACAUAGAAGCGACUGAGGCCGACAAUGUUGAGAGCUUUGAAAACCAGAUGUGUAAGGUGAAGCCUUCAGCCAUUUCCUUCUCCCCCGACGGCCAAUCCCUAUGCACGAUAAAAUCAUCGACUGCUCCUCAAACAUGGAGUAACAAGGGCCCUGAACCUUUUACUUCUCGAACAAGCAAACCUUGGGACCAUACUUGGACUUCGAGCAUCGCUUUCUCCCCGGAUAGCUCAAAGUUUGGUUUAUUUCUUCAAAACCAAUCCAUCGAAGUUUGGGACGCCCGGAAUGAAGAUUGUUCUCUGAUCUGUGCUCUGCAAGCAAAGAAACUGGGAUUGUCUGAGAUAUCUUUCAUUUCUUUCUCCAAUAAAGGAAAUCUGAUGGCUGUGAACUCGUCUGAUUCCUUGGCGGUUUGGUCGCUGGACCAGGAAACAUGCAUUUCAAUCUUAGACUCUGCCAAGGUCGGUAUAAGUCUCCAACGAGAUAGAAUCACCAGGUUCUUGAAGGAUGAUCACUACCUUAUCUCAAGUACCGACUCAGGCUGUUUUAUCAUAUCCGAUGUUGAUGGAAAGUACCACAGAACUCUAGACGGGCAUGAUUCACGAAUUUGGGCUCUGGAGGUCACAUCACAACAUGUAAUCUCUUCGACAUAUAGUGAAGUCAGGAUAUGGGACAUGCGAAACCCGGAAGAAAUAAGUCUUAUCAGUUCAAUUGGCACUCGGAUUGGACCUGACCUGCGUUUAUUGAACCCGAGAAACAACUCGCUGUUGUACACCAAUCUUGGAAUCUUGAGAUUGGAACAAUCCACACAGGAAAGUAGCCAGCCUCCAGGAAAGGCCAUGGAAAGUCAGUUUCGAGGCUAUGGUAUAAAGUAUCUAGAAGGCUGGGUAACCAAAGACGGCAAAGAGAUUUUAUGGUUGCCUGAAGAGUACCGACCGAUCUUCUUAGAUUAUGAUGUGUCGAUUUGGGGCUCCAUGAUAGCGAUUGCAGGCACAGCUGGGCUGCUGGUUAUUCACUUUUCCGAAAGUUGGGAGAUCCAACCACCAAUAGGACAUCAGCGGUGGGAUUGGUACCACCAAGAAUGA